AUGGGUCGAGGGAGGAUUGAAAUAAAAAAGAUCGAGAAUGCGAAUAGCAGGCAAGUCACAUUCUCCAAACGCCGUGCUGGGUUGCUGAAGAAGGCGCGUGAACUAGCGGUUCUAUGUGCUGCCGAAGUUGCAGUUAUUAUUUUCUCAAACACAGGGAGGCUUUUCGACUAUUCGAGUUCUGGGUAUGGUCUGGUUUUUUUAUUUUAUUUUUUGUUUUUGGGAAUAAAAAAAUUCACAUACUUGCAUGUGUUCUUCGUCAUGUCAAUUGAUUCUUACUCUGUUUUGUAUGAUUUUUAUUUUUUAUUUUUUAUUUAUAUAUAUUUGGAUCUUUACUUUUGCAGCCACAGUUGUGGCAAUCACAGUAAGCGUGCAUUUUCUGCUGCUCAGUCACAGCAUAUUUGGGCUACGGUGAUUGCAACCACAAUGUGCUUGUUUGAUAGCUCCUCGAUCAUGCGAUGGAUUAUUGGGCAUGUGUUUGAUAUAUUUAUGGAUGUGUUCAUGAGCCUAUACAAGCCGAGUGAAACCCUACUUGAGUCAAUUAUUAACAGCAUGAGGCAAACGCUUUUAAGAUACAAUGAAUCUCAAAAAUCUUCAGAGACUGCUCUAGUAGAAGUGAAGGCAGAGAAGCAGGAGUCUAAGGAGGUAGACACACUGAGAGAGGAAGUUGCGAAGCUCAGAUGCAAACAGUCGCAGCUGUUGGGCAAGGACCUUAGUGGCUUGGGUUUAAAAGAAUUGCAGCAGCUAGAACAGCAACUUAAUGAAGGGUUAUUGUCUGUGAAGGGGAGAAAGGAGCAGUUACUAAAGGAACAACUGGAGCAUUCAAGAUUACAGGAACAGCGGGCUAUGCUCGAGAAUGAGACUUUGCGAAGACAGGUUGAGGAGCUUCGAGGUUUUUGCCAAUCGACUGAACAGCCAUUGCCACCUUAUCAUCAACGCUAUCCUUUGCAAUGGGAUAAUUCCCUUGUACAAAAUGAUGCCAGAAGUCCUCCCGACACGGUCUGCAACAGCUCAAUUGAGAAAGGGGAUACGACCACCAUGUUGACGUUGGGGUCAACAUAUGAUCUUCUCCAAUUGAAGAAGACACCCGAGAGAGAGACUCGUUCCAGCAACUCCGGGAGUCAAAUUGGCCUGUUAUGAUCGAUUUUCCCGCUGGUCUCUCCCCUCUUUUUGCAGUUGGAACAAGUGAACUUCAAGUUUAGCAGUUCUUGUUGAAGCAUCAUUUUGGCUAAGAAAUUCAUGAUGUUUAGAUGACUUCAACAUCCCCAAAAUGCUGGUACAAAAAUGUUUCUUUUUCUAGAGGAAGUUUUCUACAGGAUGCUGGUGAAAAAACAAAAAUACAAAAUGAAAUAGUAUAGAUCUAGUUAGUGUUUUUACUCCUUUGAAGUAGUGAACCAUGGACAUCUGAAAUUACAGGUUACUUUAAUGUACAAUGUCCAUCUUCGUUAUCUGAACACUCUUUAUAUACUUCUGUUUUUUGAUGCUCU